GUAUGAGGUAAACCAGUGUGUCAGCCUGAGAGUUUCUCAUUCGAUAAAACAGCACCCUUCAGUGUCCUAGGUUCAGUGUCUUCCCUUCUGGACUCUUCUAUCCAGCUUCUCCUCUGGAAAAUACACAGAAUCAUCGCUUCAACAUGAGUAAGAUGGUCAUUCAACAACCCCAGGCAUUCGCCAUGGCAACGACAUCCAACCAAUGGAGCUCAGGCAUCUGUGACUGCACUAAAGACAUUAAAUCUUGCUGUUUUGCAUUUUGGUGCUUCCCCUGCUUUGCAUGUAUCACAGCAAAGGAAGCAGGAGAGUGUCUGUGUCUGCCACUGCUUGACUGGUUCGGAUGCAUCCCCCCCGCCACCAUGUCCCUGAGAGCUUCUCUACGCCAGCGCUACGGCAUCGAGGGCACCCUAUGUAAUGACUGUGUGAUGUCCCUCUUCUGUGGGCCCUGUUCCUGGUGUCAAAUGGCUCGAGAGAUGAAGACCAGAGUGCAACCCAUCACCCUCAUCAAUACACGGCCUCAUUAAGGACCUGGUCAUCAUCAGCAUCUUCAUCAUCAUAAACACACAAGCUAGAUAGCCUUUACACACUGCCCUAUCUGUUACCACUGGUUCUGUGUCAUCUCCACUGGUAACCAUGACACGUCUCACGCACACUGUCGUCAUCACACACACUGUCGUCAUCACACACACUGACAAUGUCACAUCCCACAUGUGGCGGAUCUCCGAUCAGCUGGGUCUAGUGUGUCUGUUUCCUCCAGUCACACUGUCACGCCACACUGUCCGUGGACAGAUCCUGUAUCCUGAUGCUCACCUGUCCAGCCCAUUCCUAUCUAAUCCUGUCUCGUCCUGUGUAGCCUAACCUAGCCCUUCAACAUCACUAUUUUACUGAUGACUAUUUAACACAAAGACUUUAACCUAUAAGAAAUAUUUUGCUGAUGCUUGCCCCAUCUAUUGGUACUCUUUGGUCUAUGUAAAAUACACUUCUGUAAACAUUUUCAAAUAACAAAUCACUCAUCUAGACAGCCUCUUAUUAAAAAACCUUACAGUACCACUAUGUUUAAUAUACUUAUUCCUGUACAUAAUUUAUUGCAAUAAAAUAUAUCUGUAUGGAACCUUCUGGAGAAGACAAUAAAUUGUGUCACUCU